AUGGGGCUCAGUCUCACCACCAGCGAUCAUAACAGCCGAAAUCGAGAUCAAGGUGUUGGCAGGGCUGCGCUUCCUCCAAGGGCUCUGGAGGAGAAUCCUUUCUUGACUUUCCAGCUUCUGGUUCGAGAGCUUCAAACGCGACUACAGAGCGUGCAGGCCACGGGGCCCUCCAGCCCUGGCCGCCUCACUUCUGCCAACCGCCCAGUUAACCCCAGCACCGGGGAGCUGAGCACAAGCAGCAGCAGCAAUGACAUUCCCAUUGCCAAGAUUGCUGAGAGGGUGAAGCUAUCGAAGACCAGGUCCGAGUCUUCGUCAUCGGAUCGGCCAGUCCUGGGAUCAGAAAUCAGUAGCAUCGGGGUGAGUGUUCGUGAGAUGCAAGACAGAGUGCCCAGUAGGGCUACACAGAUGGCCGAUCGUAGUACAACUAGCUCCACAGCCAGCAGCUGUGACACGGAGUUCACCAAAGAAGACGAGCAGCGGCUGAAGGAUUACAUCCAGCAGCUCCGGAAUGACAGGGCGGCAGUCAAGUUGACCAUGCUGGAGCUGGAGAGCAUCCACAUCGACCCGCUCAGCUACGACGUGAAGCCCCGCGGGGACAGCCAGCGGCUGGAUCUGGAAAACGCCGUGCUGAUGCAGGAGCUGAUGGCCAUGAAGGAGGAGAUGGCCGAGCUGAAGGCCCAGCUCUACCUCCUGGAGAAGGAGAAGAAGGCCCUGGAGCUGAAGCUGAGCACGCGGGAGGCCCAGGAGCAGGCCUACCUGGUGCACAUCGAGCACCUGAAGUCCGAGGUGGAGGAACAGAAGGAGCAGUGCACGCGGUCCCUGAGCUCCACCAGCAGCGGCGGCAAGGACAAGCCCGGCAAGGAAUGUGCUGAUGCUGCCUCCCCGGCUCUCUCACUGGCUGAACUAAGGACAACGUGUAGCGACAGUGAGCUGGCUGCCGAGUUCGCCAAUGCCAUCCGUAGAGAAAAGAAGUUAAAGGUCAGAGUUCAAGAGUUGGUGAGUGCCUUGGAAAGACUCACCAAGAGCAGUGAAAUCCGACACCAGCAAUCGGCAGAGUUCGUGAAUGACCUAAAGCGAGCCAACAGCAACCUGGUGGCUGCCUAUGAAAAGGCCAAGAAGAAGCACCAAAACAAACUGAAGAAGUUGGAGUCUCAGAUGAUGGCCAUGGUGGAGAGACAUGAGACCCAAGUGAGGAUGCUCAAGCAAAGAAUAGCUCUGCUGGAGGAGGAGAACUCAAGGCCACACACCAACGAGACUUCACUUUAAUUGGCACUUGGGCACCAAAGCUCUGCCUGUGGAAGCUGAACCCGAGCAGGUCACCGGGGAGAGAAGGGCCCCAGGAGACAGAGCACCUGGUGGGAGAGACAAAAGGGAAGGCCGGCAGGUAGGUCAGCACCUGCGCAAUGGAGUACCAUGGACCCCGCGCCGCGGACGAGUGGCCUGCUGACCCCGAGUGGACUGGAGCCAGAGGGUCCCGUUUCCUCCCCGUCUGGGCCCGGAGACAGUGUGUAAAGAGCAGGCCUUGCUUCUGCUUCCAGCGCGGGCAGCCCCCCGCCGGCCUGUUCUUUCCGGAGGCUGUGCGUCAGUGGUACCCUCGGCAUGUUUUAGAAGACCGUCCGUUCUGUUUUUUUUGGUGGUGACCGGAUCUCUGACAUCCCCAGUUUCUCGUCUUUCUUUCUCCUUCAGGGAUAAACUCUGACACAUGUGGGAGUGCGGAGGGGGUGUCUUCAGCUUCUAGAACUGCUGAUUUGCUUACUGCAACCAGGCUUUGGUUUUCGAGACCCACGUACCAGCUCUGAGACACAGGCUGUCGCUCAGAGGUGCUCUGAGGCGGAUGACAGGCGAUGGUGCGUAGGGGCCACAGUCCCCGAUACACUCAAAGUUACAGGUAGAGCAACCCCAGGGCUUCGGCCUGAACAGUUCUUUUUGGGAACAUGGGCACUUCUUUCACCUCUCACUGUGGAGGUAGGGCUGGGAAGGACACUUUCUUUUGACUGGGGGAUUUUCCCUUCCAGUGGAGCCUUAUUAAAGCCAAGACUUAGAGCUGAGGUGGUCCUGUUAAUAUACAGAGUGGAACUAAAAUUUUAUCAGGGGUUUCUUCAAGAGCAGGGGAGCACUGUUAGGACUUUUGCCCACCUGAGGGCUCUACGUAAUUGCUGUUCUGCAUGAAUCAAAAUUCAUCCACAGGAAUACAUACAUAGCUGUGGACCUGCCUCUAUUUCUCUAAGGGCAAGAGGCAGGACACCAAGCAGAAUGUCUUGCAGGCUGAGCCCACCUAUUUAAGAGAUGGCUACGGAACCAUCAGUUCAAGACUUCGCUCCUGCUGUUAUGAAAGGCAGGGGGUAAAGGAAUGGUCCUUGGGACCUCCUUUUAUCCCGCCCCCCAAAGUGGAGGUUAGUAUACGGUACUUAAACAGGUUAAAUUUCAAGCAAAAUGCUGACAGGGCUGGGCCAGGACCAAAGUACCUGAUGUCUUUCAGGAAGGCCUCCAUCUUAAAUUCAUUAUUCCAUCUCCUGUCUUUCACUUCUUCUAUAGUUACCCUACACUGAUACACUGUAAAGGACCACCUGCCUUUCAUUCUGUAGUACUUGAAGACCCACCCGAAGUCCCCUGAGAAUUCUAUCCCAGAGUUCACAGUUCUGUUUAGGACCAGGUCACCACCUUAGAGUUCCAACGUCCAUGUUUUCAGACAACCGGAUAGAAGUUCCUCAGCCGCCUUUGCCCUGGAGAAGGCCACUCCAGCCACCACCUGGAGGGCAGAGCAGUUCGAGCAGUUCUAUCCCAAAAGCAACCACCCUUCUUUCUUAGGCCAGCAGUAAGGCUGCCCAUCUUCCCAAAAAAGUCACCAAAAACCAAAAAAAACCGUUGCCAAUCUGGAAGGACCAGCUUUUGGCUGGUUUGAUCACUGUGUAAGUGCCCACCGGCUCCUGUUUCUGUUAUGGAUCUUCUAUUUAGUCAAAGUUGGUUCUUGUGAUUUAUUUUUAAUCAAUUUUUACUCUUUGGAUAAAGUUUCAUUUUGUCAUAAGGAAAAUGUGACUGAAAAAGUUAUAUGCAAAAAAAAAAAAAGCUUAAAAGACAAAAUACUAGUUUUCCCCAUUUUUCAGUUUGCCGAGGGGAAGUAUUUAUGACUGAACAGACAUCAAAGCAGCUUUCAUCUUCACCAACACUGAAAAGUAUAGCUGACACAGGAAUAUAAUCCUGUCUGCUGACUUCUGUCUACCAUUCUUGGUCGAGCUUAAAAGAAAACUCACCCUUUUAGCGUCAUGUAACUCUUCCAGACCCAAGAGGUCUCAGCUCCUCCAUUAUAAGCCCCAGUAUUACUGACCCUACCUGGCCUCCUUUCGAAUUUAUACUUCAAUAUAAUACUUUUAAAUAUGUGGUCAUUGGGUGAAAACUAUUUCCCCAGAAAAACUGUUACUUUCAUAAAUGUGUGGAAUAAAAACAAGCAAUUAAAUA